UGUACAAUUUGUCCUUGAUAAUUAAAUUUUUAUAUUUUCCAUAUAGUAUAUUUCCGCGAGAUGCGGCAGGAAGGAUGAGCAAAGAAACACUGCGCAACGAUAAAACGUUGCGUAAGCAAGCGAGUUUGCGAACUUGUUUCACGGUCACGAUCGGCGCUCGUCUCCCGUUAAUUGUACAUACCAAAUGACUCAUCUCUGUUUAUGAAGGAAGAAGAGACGAGACAGAGAUGAUUCACGCUCCUAACGCAUGUGCAAUUUAUUGUGUCUCGGGGACAAUCGAUAAUAUUUUUGUGACGCAAAAAAAAAAAAAUUUAGAAGAGAAAGAGAAAUUCCAGAAUUUAUGGAAUCUUAAAAUAAAUAAUGCAAUUAUCUAUAAUUGUUUUGAAUCUUUGUUUAUACGAUUUGUACAGGAAGCGAUAAAUUAAAAAAAGAAAAAGAAUGCGGAUUUUGCAACUCGAACUUUAGUAUAAAUUUUAUCAAGCUUGCGAAUCACAGAAUAUUAAUUUUGAGUUGCACAAAAAAAGAAAGAUUUCUGGUUUUAUCAAUGGCAAAUAAAAAUGAUCAUGAUAAUCAUAUCACGUACUUUGACACCUGAAAGCGAAAUAAGUACGCGACUGUUUCAAAAAAAAGAAUGAAUCAUUCUCAUACAUUUGAUAUUCUCACUUCGUCACAUUCCUGCGACGGAAGCGUUAUAUUUAUGGCUGAUACCAAAAUCGUUGGAAUUACGCAAGGGUGAAAGCAUCGGCACUUCAUAGGAGAAUUUUAUUUGUCUCUUUACGCCUUAUACAUUACGUAUAUUUUCGCAAUCUUGAAAAAACACUCAGUGCUGUUAAAUCAUACAUGUCGUUUUUUUACUUUUAAAAUUAAUUUUCGAAAGCCUCGCUGAAAUUGAUCUCGUCAGAUCAACUUGUAAUCACACCGCAUUAAAAUUUGCAAUAUAAAACUGGUUUUUAUGUACGAUUUUUAUGUCCGUUCCUAUCAUUAUAAAUUUUGAAAGGCAAUUUCGCGGGACAAAAAUUCGCGAGUAGAAUAUUUAUCUGUUAAUAGAGCGUUUUUAUGCUAUCAGAUUCCAUAGCAAGUGUGAUAAGCGAUAAUUUCAUGAUCCCGCGAUAAUCACGAUUAAAUGAUCACAUGAGAAAUAAACGGUCAAUAUAUUUCAGCGUUUGUAACUUUCUUCAUCGUCGAUGCGCAUAACGGAAAGUCGUAAAAUCGAGAGCGAAAUUUCUGUCAUCACAUCACGUACUAAACUACUUUGUAGGCUGUUUAUGAUGCAAUGGGGGAUGCCGACGAUCACCCCGAUGCUCCUAUAAAUACGUUUGUCAUUGCUCGAUUGAACGUCAGUCUUGUUCGCGACACAUUUAUUGUUCUAUAGAAUCACAACGAGCGAAAAAAUGACUUGCAAGGUACGCUAAAAAUUAUAUACAAUGAUAUCAACUUUUAUUUGAUCGAUCUUAGUUUAGAGUAUUUUUAAAACAAUUUUUGAUAAAGAGAAAAAAAAUUAAUAAAAUAAUAUGAAUUUUUUUUAGAAAUAAUGACAGAUCCCAUACCUUUCUUCAAUAUAUGUAUCAUUACGUUAUAUUAAUAUAUUACACUGUAUUACAGUCAUCAGUAAUCGUCCUAAGUGCAGCGGUGCUAGCGGUAUGUAGAAGCGCAGCUGUCCCAUCACCAGCUCUGUCAGCCAUUCCAGCUGUUCCAGCUGCAGCUCUUCCAAUCGCCAAACUUGAGAUCGACAACGCAAAUUUCGAUCCUUAUCCUCAGUACUCUUAUGCCUACGACGUCCAAGAUACGCUGACUGGUGACACAAAGAGCCAGCAUGAAAGCAGGAACGGUGACGUUGUUAGUGGCAGCUACUCCCUCUUAGAAGCUGAUGGUACAAGACGAAUCGUCGAGUAUACCGCCGACCCGGUGAACGGUUUCAACGCCGUGGUUCGUCGAGAGCCUCUAGCGGUGGUGAAACCCGUCAAUGUUGCAGCGCAGCCACUCAUUUAUCACCCUUUACAGAUCUUCUUGUUCCUGGGACUGACGGCGCUCGCUCGCGGAGCGGUGGUGCCCGCCGUGCUAGCAGCGACGGCGCCCUUGGCGAAGCUGGAGGAGUUUGACGCAGCUCCGCAGUACAGCUUCGCGUACGACGUGCAAGACGCGGUGACCGGCGACUCCAAGGCCCAAUACGAGACCCGUAACGGCGACAUCGUGAGGGGCAGUUACAGCCUGAUCGAGGCCGACGGUACGCGUCGCAUCGUCGAGUAUACCGCGGAUCCGAUCAACGGAUUCAACGCGAUCGUCAGCAGAGAACCAGUGAUCGCCGCCGUCGCGGCGCCUCUUAGACCGGCCGCCCUGGCACCGAUCGCUCCGGCCUCGUUUGGACCAGCCCUGACGCCAGUCAAUCCAGCGCCAUCGAUACCCGCUAGUGGGCCCGACUCCGACGUCGAGGUGGUCGAGGCUCGAUCAUCGGGUCUCUCGACAUCGGCGAGAUCGGCGACGCGCGAGCAGGAGAUUCAGCGUCAGCAAUUACAGCGAUUGCAGGAGCAACAACGUCAACAGCAGGAGCGACAGUUGCAGGAGCAACAGAGGCGAUCGUCGAGAUUGCAGAUCCAGCAGCAGCAGGAGCAGCAGCAACAGGAGCAGCAGCAGGAUCGCCGACAACAGCAGGCCGCCGCACCCGCACGGACUAUCAUUGCCGGUCAGGAGCAACAGCCAACAGCGAGCGCCCGAUUCAUCGGUCUCCCGGCCAAGGCGAUAGCCACUUAUCCGACUUAUCCCUAUAGCGCCGCGUACUACUCGCCGUUCGCCUAUGCUGCACCCCUCACUGGUCUCGCUUACAGCCCCGCUACCGCAUUAGCAUAA